GUUGUUUUCCGUGUACUGUCGGACCUGACAGUAAAAACAGGACUCUUGAUGCACCCGUUACUGCGGCGUUACUCCGGGGAGCAAGAUCCUUGCUGCUGGGGCUGUCCGGGGUUGAGAGCGCACCACUCCAACAAGAAUGACUGUGAGGUGGCGGCAGACUGGUCAGCGACACAGGUGUUUCCUGUUUACCAGCUCACUGCUGCUGCUGUGCCUGCUCAAACUGCUCUCUGUGAGGGUCAGUGUCAGGGGCAGUUCCUACCUCCAGCCCUUUUCUACCUACUCACCAGUAACCCGCAUGUAUGACAUUAACUGCACUGCCAUCUAUGAGCUGGAGCCUGUGGAAAUAGGGCGCUCUCUGGAGUUGAGGCGCACGCUCAGUAUGGACAUGGAUGACAGCAGCACUGUGAGUCUGACCUCAGACUGUCUCAUGUUCCUCCAUAGCAGAGGAUACCAUACGGUUACUACGCGACGAGUGGAGCAGAGCUUCCCACUGGCCUACUCUCUGGUGGUGCAUAAGAACGCACCCAUGGUGGAGCGCAUACUGCGGGCCAUUUAUGUCCCUCAUAACAUCUACUGCAUUCACUAUGACCAGAAGUCCUCUCCUACUUUUAUCAAAGCCAUGCAGAAUGUGGCACACUGCCUCCCUAAUGUGUUCAUCUCCAGUCGGCUGGAGUCAGUGCAGUACGCCCAUGUGAGCCGCCUUCACGCAGACCUCCACUGCCUGUCUGACCUGCUGCAGGCGCGCACAGCCUGGAGAUAUGUUAUUAACCUGUGCGGUCAGGACUUCCCUCUCAGGACCAACUACGAGUUGGUAAUGGAGCUGCAGGCACUCAAUGGCACUAACAUGUUAGAGACGAGCCGACCCAGCCUGCUCAAGAGACAGCGCUUCACCUUUCAAUACCAGCUUAAAUCUGUGCCCUAUGAGUACCGCAGCAUUCCAGUCAAAACCAGAGCCACCAAACAACCUCCUCCACAUGGGAUACAGGUGUUCAUAGGCAGUGCCUACUUUGUCUUGUCCAGGGAGUUUGUCCAGUACAUUCAGAGCAGCCCAGUGGCCAGGGACUUCUUGGCCUGGUCUGCAGACACCUACUCUCCCGAUGAGCACUUCUGGGCGUCCAUGGUGCGAGUUCCUGGAGCACCUGGACACAUCCCCUACUCUGCGCCUGACAUCUCAGACCUUAUCAGUAAAACACGGCUGGUCAAGUGGAACUAUCUGGAGGGCAGUCUGUACCCGGCCUGCACAGGGACACAUAUGAGAAGUGUGUGCAUCUAUGGGGCCGCUGAGCUGCGCUGGCUCCUCACCUAUGGCCACUGGUUUGCCAACAAGUUUGACCUGAAAGUUGACCCUAUCCUCAUCCAAUGUUUGGAGGAAAAACUAUUGGAGAGACAGCACACCACACACCCACAGCAGUGA